ACAAGAAUUUUCCAUCUACCCAACAAGGAAUUGGUGAACAACAUAGCAAAAAGUUAAGAUUCUUGGAGAAGGCUUGUAUACAACAAGAGGGGAACCACACAAAGGAAAGCCAUUGGAGAUUGUGCAGUGUUGAACAAGUUGAACAAGCAAAAAUAUUACUAUCUGUUAUUCCCAUUUUUGCAUGCACUAUCAUUUUCAACACUGUGUCAGCACAACUUUAGACAUUCUCAGUCCAACAAGGAAGUGCCAUGGACACACACAUCACAGAAUCAUUUCGUAUCCCUCCAGCAUCACUUCAGGCCAUUCCAUACGUUUUUCUCAUUGUUAUAGUCCCUCUUUAUGAUACUUUAUUUGUCCCUUUUGCAAGAAAAAUAACAGGUCAUGAGUCAGGAAUCACACCUUUGCAGAGAAUAGGAGUUGGCCUGUUUUUGGUUACAUUUUCUAUGGUAUCAGCAACUAUUAUGGAGAAAAAGAGAAGGCAUGAAGCUUUGAAUAUGAACCAAACUUUGUCGAUAUUUUGGAUUGCACCCCAGUUCAUUAUAUUUGGUAUGUCAGAGAUGUUCACUGCAGUUGGAUUGGUUGAGUUCUUCUACACACAGUCUUUAAAAGGGAUGCAGACAUUCCUGACUUCCAUCACAUAUUGCUCUUACUCAUUUGGAUUUUAUCUCAGUUCACUAUUGGUUUCAUUGGUGAAUAAAAUUACUUCAACUAAAGGUGGUGAUGGUGUUGGUGGUUGCCUUCAUGACAAUAAUAUCAACAAAGACAAACUUGACCUUUUCUAUUGGUUACUAGCUGCACUAAGUUUCCUCAACUUCCUCAACUAUCUAUUUUGGUCAAGAUGUUAUUCUAAUAAUCCAUCUCUUUCAACUAUAUCACAGGAGGGUCACCCUCAAUCAUCCAUGGAAUCUAGACAGCACAACGAUGUAUCUGUAGAUAAUAGUAUUCCAUAGCAAUAAGUCAUUGCAUUGUAUAUUAGUUAAUUAGUUUGUUUUAUUACAAUUGUAAUAAAAAAUUGUC